AUGGAGCUGCUGCUGCUACUGUGCCUGGGACUGACCCUAGUCUGUGUCCGUGCAGAGGAAGCUAGUUCUAUGUCAAGGAACUUUAAUGUGGAAAAGAUUAAUGGGAAAUGGUAUUCUCUUCUUCUGGCCUCUAACAAAACAGAAGAGGUAGAAGAACAUGGCAGUAUGAGAGUUUUUGUGGAGGAUAUCCAUGUCUUGGAGAAUUCCUUAGCUUUUAAAUUCCAUACUGUCAAACAUGAAGAGUGCAUUGAAUUAUUUUUGGUUGCUUACAAAACAAAAAAGGCUGGUGAAUACUCUAUGGAAUAUAAUGGAUUGAAUACAUUUACUAUACUUGAGACAGACUAUGAUAAUUAUCUUAUGUUUCAUCUCAUUAACACAAAUAAUGGCAAAACCUUCCAGGUGAUGGGGCUCUACGGCCGAAAACCAGAUUUGAGUUCAGAUAUCAAGAAAAGGUUUUUGAAAGGACGCUACAAGCAUGGAAUUGUGGAAGACAAAGUCAUUAACUUAACCAAAGCCAAUCGCUGCCUCGAGGCCCGAGAGUGA